AGAGAGUGCGAUGUCAGUAGCAUGUACCAGACCCUCUGUGAGAUAGCAACGAAAAAGACUAAUGACCCAGCAUGAGAAGCCCGUCAUUCCAAUAACAUGGACAAGUACGACAAGGUGAAGAAAAUUGGGGAAGGCUCAUUUGGAAAAGCCAUCCUGGUCACAUCAAAAGAGGAUGGGCGUCAAUACGUCAUCAAGGAGAUUGGCAUAUCUGGAAUGUCAAGUAAGGAGAGGCAGGAAUCUCGAAAAGAAGUUGCUGUACUUGCCAAUAUGAGCCAUCCCAACAUUGUCCAGUAUAAGGAGUCUUUUGAAGAGGGAGGUUGUCUGUAUAUUGUGAUGGACUACUGUGAGGGUGGAGACCUCUUCAAGAGGAUCAAUUCUCAGAAAGGAGUGCUUUUCUCAGAAGAGCAAAUCCUUAACUGGUUUGUGCAAAUUUGCUUGGCGCUGAAGCACAUACAUGAUAGAAAAAUUCUUCACAGGGACAUCAAAUCACAGAACAUAUUUUUGACAAAAGAUGGGACUGUACAACUUGGGGACUUUGGGAUUGCUAGAGUGCUGAACAGCACUGUAGAGCUGGCAAGAACAUGCAUAGGAACACCAUAUUACCUGUCACCAGAGAUCUGCGAAAAUAAACCAUAUAACAACAAAAGUGAUAUUUGGGCCCUAGGGUGUGUCCUAUAUGAAAUGUGCACUCUUAAGCAUGCAUUUGAAGCCGGCAACAUGAAAAACCUGGUUCUGAAAAUCAUCCGUGGAUCAUACCCCCCUGUGUCCGUUCACUAUUCCCAAGAACUGCGUUCCCUCUUGGCCCAGCUGUUUAAACGCAACCCCAGAGAAAGACCGUCAGUCAGCAGCAUACUAGACAAACCUUUCCUCUCCUGUAAGAUAGAAAAGUUCCUCACACCACAGAUUAUCGCUCAGGAAUUUCGCCAUACUUUUCUUCACAAGCAGCCUAAAGUGGGUGGGGUGCAGGGGCCACCAGCCAAGCGUCCUGCUCCUGGUUCCACAUCACUUGCUCCCGCCCAGAAGAUUACCAAACCAGCCACCAAAUACGGAGUGCCUUUAACAGUGAGGAAGGUGUCAGAUGCUGCCAAAAAGCCUGUGGAGAAAAAACCAGCUGUGAAGCAUAAACCGGCCCCUCUCCCAGCAGCCCCCCAGCGAAGAGUGAGUCAAGUGGCAGAAGAGAGGAAAAAACACGAGGAUGGUAUCAGAAAGAAAAGGAUGGAGCUAAUUGAGAAAGAGCGGAAACAGAGAGAGCAGAUGUUCCUUUUGAAAGCAGAGCAAAUGAAGAGAUAUGAAAAGGAAAAGAUCAAUAGAAUUAACCAAGCCAGAGAACAAGGCUGGAAGCACGUUUUGAGUUCAAGCGGAGGAAGUAGCCCAGAAAGAAAGUGCUUUGUAGGUGUUGGAAAGAGAGCUGCAGGUGUUGGCCCAUGCCAUGUCCCAAGCUCUGCUUCAGGUCCGACUCCAAACCCCUAUGAGCACUACCAUGCUCCACAUGACCAAAAAGUUAAACCACAGUCAAAAGACAGCAGCAGACAGGGAUCUUCAGCUGGAGCAGGCAGUCCUAAUCAUGUUCCAGCUGCUGCUGGCCCAGUGCUACCCAAUGGUCCUUCCCGACUUGUAAACCACAAUGCAAUCAAAAGAGAACUGCAGCGGCUCCAGCACGUUUCAAAACAAGCUCAAAUUAGUAGGCAGCGUGGUCAGGUGCCUCCUGAACGGGCCUAUCAGGUUGAGGAGUUUUUACAGCGUAAGAGAGAAGCCAUGCUGAACAAAGUCCGUGCUGAGGGACAGCUGGGUGCUCGGCAAAAUCUGGCAGCCAUCUAUGGAAGCCGGGCUGGUUCUGUUCGCUGCAGGAGACCGAGAGUCAACAAAGAGGAGGAGGAGUACUUGGCAAGACUGAGGCAGAUCCGCUUACAGAACUUCAAUGAGCGUCAGCAGAUCAAAGCCCGGCUCAGAGGAGAGAAGUAUGACAGUGAUGGUUCUGACAGCCAGGAAUCCAAUGAGGAGGCAGAGCUCAGGAGAAAGAAGAUAGAAGCUCUCAAAGCCCAAGCCAAUGCCCGUGCUGCUGUACUGAAAGAGCAACUGGAGAAGAAGAGAAAAGAAGCAUAUGAAAGAGAAAAGAAAGCGUGGGAGGAGCAUCUUGCAGCCCAGGGGGUGAAGGUUGGCAUGGCAGCAGGGAAUGUUUUGGUGGCAGCAGCAGCAACACCGUCACCUGCCUCUGACGGUCCUCUUCCACAACCUGCAUCCUCUCAGCCAGAUCCAGCUGCCAGAGCUCCAGCCCUGCCCACAUCCAAACCCUCAACCCCGGCCAUAUCUAUGACUGCCGCCCUGAAGAAUGUUGGAGCCAUCACUCCACUAAAAGAAAGCAUGCCUGAACCAGAGACUGCUACUGUCACCCAGAGUGAGAAAAAGCAGAUCCUGCGCAGACUAAACCAGAACCUCAAAGCCCAGAGCCCGGUAGAGGAGGUGGAGGAAACACAACCAGCCUUAGUCAAACCACAUCCAGAUCUCCAACAGAGUUGCUCUGAGAAAGAGAAACAUCCAACUUCAACUGCUGAUCAAAAUAAAGGGGAUGCUGCAGAACCACCUGUACUCCCCGUUGCUCAGACCUCAGUAGAAACAUGUGCCACCACUGCUGUAGCUACCUCAAUAGGACCAGAAGAAAGACCGUUCUCUGGUGGAGACAGAAAAAGGUGGGAACCUGGAGCUCCCCUGGUCCUCUCUGUCGCUCAACAAACUCUAGAGGAGACAUGCAUCUCCACCAUUGAUCAAACUGUAGGGGAUGUUUUACCAUUAAGUGCACUGCAGGGAGAUGUUCAGAGGAAAAUGUGGGGAGUAAAUCCAGAUUCUCAGGUUCUUAAAGUCCUUCAAGAGGCAGAGCUUCAGCCGCUAACUCAGCAGCUGGAGAAUGUCAGCAUCAGUGGAGAUGUCUCCGGUAUCCUUAAUCAGGCAGCAGUGGCUGAGAUUGCGACGACACCAAAAGAAGUGCUGACCUCUGAGCCAACACCAUCUGCUGUGGUACAGAGCCCAGAAGUUCAGAGGGAGAGUGCAGCUGCAAUGGAGGUCUCGAACCAGGAAACAACUGUGGCCAGUGCAGAGGACAGAGUAAAACUGCCAACAAAUUUUACAGACACUCAGGAUCCAGCAGAUGUGGAGUCAUUGGUUUUGGAAGAAAACGCUUCACAGGUCCAACAUGCGCCAGCUGGUGUGCAGCAGGCAUGGGAGCAGGAAGCCCACAAGUCAAUGCCAGCAGAGGGCAUCAAAGGACCAUCAAGCAACGAGGACACCGAGAAGAGUGUAGAGAAACAAACUGCAUCUGGACUAGCACAGAGCGAGGAGCCCCUGUUUAUGAAGCUCUGUUCCCCAGCCCACCGACGCACUGCCGCCCUUGCAAUCCUCUCAGCCCAGUCCUCUGUGGAUGAAUCAUCCUCCUCUCUGGCCUCUCGCUCACGCUCUGUGUCACCUCUGCGCUCCAAGCAUCAUGACGCCCUCCUCAUCGGCCUCUCCACAGGCAUGUUUGAUGCCAACAACCCCAAGAUGCUGCGAACCUGCUCUCUACCAGACCUCAGUCGUCUCUUCAGUUCUCAGCAGGGCUCUGCAGUGACUAAUGUUGUGAAUGCAGCCCCAGACCACAACUUGGAAAUUGAGGACCUGGAUGAGACAGCUAAAGACGAUGACCAAUCAGAGACUGAAGAUGCAUAUGAGGACAAGGACCUGCGCGAUGUCCGGGCGGCCAUGGAGAGACUGCUGCAAGAUGGUGACCUGAUGAGAAGCCCCCCAGAGGGUGGAGCUGGAGACUUCAACGGAAAUCCCCCAGACCAAGAGCUAUUCCAGAGGAUAGCAGCAGAGAUCAAUCAAAACAAUGAGAUGGCUGUCGAUGAUGACGAUGAUGACGAUGAUGACGAUGAUGAUGGUGAGGAAGAAGAGGAGGAGGAGGAAGAGGAGGAUGAAGAGGAUGAAGAUGAGGAUGAGGAAUGCUCUAAUGGAAGUCCUGGUGAUGAGGAGGCGGGGGAGCUGCUCAGCAAUGGUGUGGGCGAAGAGAACCAUGGAAACAAUCACCAGUUCAAUGAAGAGUGGCAUUCAGAUGGCAGUGGUGAGGAUCAGGGCGGUGAGGCUGAGCAUCACGACAGCAUCUUCAGUCGGUUGGAGGAACUUCGCUUCAACCUGGAGCAGCAGAUGGGCUUUGAGAAAUUCAUUGAGGCCUACAAUAAGAUUAAGGCUAUACAUGAAGAUGAAGAUGAGAACAUUGACCUGGGCUCCAGUUUGGUCCUGAGCAUUUUGGGAACGGAGCACCAGCAUCUGUAUCCCAACAUACUUCAUCUAGUGAUGGCAGACGGUGCAUACCAAGAAGAUAACGAUGAAUAAGGUUUGUGCAAUGGAGCUGCUGGCAGCAACGACAAUCUGCUAGCUGUUUAAUGUCUUCCCGUGACACACAUUAUUGGCAGAAGGAUCUAUGCAUGACAUGUUGCAGCCAUGCAUCCAACAGUGUUUCAGGCACACUUGCAUGAUAAAUAACUAGCGGCUGUAUUUCAUACUUUGACUAUCAGCAUCUGACACUACUUUCUAACCAGUGUUGAUUCAGAAGUGCACUAUGACGUCUGUGUUCUUAUUAACCAAAGUUAAUUAUGAGGUUUAUGUCUAAUCUAUAUGAAUGUCCAUGUCUGUAAAUGAAUGAAGUCUGUGUGUUCAAAUGUUUGUUUUUCAUUUCUUUGUUAAUUUACAAGCUGCAGUUCCAUUUAAUUUGGCAGACAGAUUUUUUCUGCUACGGUGCUAUUUGUCGCACGUUCAGCAACAUAGCUCCAAAAGAACAAGGUCACCCUCAAAGAAAGACAGUUCCUAAGACUGCUCAAAACCAGUUGAACCUCUUUUUCUUACAACUCUUUUCACCAAACAUGUAGUCAAAUGUUGUCUGACACCUUUUCCUAAUGCAUUUCUUACUGUUUCAGUUCAUCCAGUUAAGAUUGUUGUGAGACUGCUGUAUGUUGCCAUGGUACUGUAGCAGGAGGUGAUGAUCCAGUUCAGGUAGAUAUUCAGUGCAGAGAGUUGUACUGACGGUGUAAGCAAUGGCAUAUAUGGUAACAUAUUUGAUAAUGAAUUAAAUAUUGUAAAUCUUUAUAUGAAUAAACAUUUUCCUAAGAA